UCCUCCAACGAAGCAAGCAAGUCUGAACUUAGUCGACAAGCUACGACAGCUUCUGCUCAAGCCGAACUCGCCCGGAAGGAACUCUCUCGUGCGACUCGUGAAUUGAAUGAGUAUCGAGCAAAAGCUAAUCAUAUCCUGGCCAUGAAAGAUAAGCUGAUCGCUUCAUUGCGUGGACCUCAUAAAAACUCAUAUAACUCUGAACCUGAUUCAGCCCUAUCUGCUUCAUCGUCUGACCUAUCACCAACUACUCUUCAUCAAGAUACUGUUGCGUUACAUGCAGAGAUUCGCCUGUUACGUGAAGAACACGCCCGCUUUCGUCUUAAGGAUGAAGCUCAUCAAGUCAGUAUGCAGGAGUUAGAGUUGCUGAGACAAACUGAACAGGAGUCACAGAAAAAAAAUAUUGCCCUUCUUGAAGAGCAGGUCGAAAAAGAAAGACAGGUUGGUACAUCAUUAGCUCGAAGCCGAUUACUUGGAAAUGCCCAUUUCAAUGUCCUAAUCCAUCUUUGA